AUGCACAUGUUGGUCGGCGCAGAGGUGCCAUUGCAACCAACAGCAAACGCUGAGCCGGUUUCCGCCAUCCUCACCAUCCCGCAGGUCGAGAUUGCUGCUCGCGCUCUGUUCCAAGAUGAUCUCCGAGUUGUGGCUCUACAAAUAAGCUCGAUCAUUGCUCUGUACAACAUGUCGGACUCCCAGAUUUUCACUGCUUUGGCUGGAGCUAUCGCCGAGUCAGCCAUCUUACGCCCCGGCAACGCUGAAUUUGAGAAAGACAAUGGUUCCUACUUCAGUGCCUUCGAAAAUGAGAUCACGCCGUCCUUCAUCGCCAAACCAACCACCGUUCAGCAGGUCCAGGAGUUGGUUCGUAAACUCCGUCCAUACCUUCUCAAUGGAACCUGUCAGAUGGCCAUUCGUGGCUCGGGCCACACGCCGUUUGCUGGCAGUGCCAACAUUCAGAGUGGGGUUACCAUCGAUAUGAGAGGCCUCAAAGGUAUCAACCUCAAUGUCGCAGAUGAUGCUGUCGAGGUAGCUGCCGGAGAGACGUGGGAGACUGUGUAUACCGAACUAGAAAAGCACGGGUUGACUACGGCGGGCGGUCGUGUGGGGCGUGUUGGUGUCAUAGGACUACUUCUUGGCGGUGGCCUCUCCAUGUUCUCUGGAAGAACUGGCUUCGCUUGUGAUUCUGUGUUGGAGUUCGAGACUGUGCUUGCAUCUGGCGAAGUCGUCCGGGCGAGUGCGAAUUCCAACACGGAUCUCUGGCUAGCCCUUCGGGGUGGUCUAAACAACUUUGGCAUUAUCACAUCUCUCAAACUGCGUACCUUCAAGGAUAGCAGUAUUUGGGGUGGUGUUAUGUACUAUAUGCCCGAAACAUUUCCCCAGCUUGUCCGCCGUGCUUGCGAAUUUGCCUCGGAUGAGGACCAAGAUGCGCACAUUAUGGCUAGUGCAGGUUAUGGGUUCGGUCACCAGGCGGUUACCUGUGUGAUGUACCACGUAGGAGGUAUAGAGAAUCCUCCUUCCCUUCAGCGGUUUACUUCAAUGGAACCACAAAUUCAGCAGAUGAGUACAAUACGUACAUCAACGCAUCUUGGCUUCUGUAAUGAGCUGUCAAAGUUUUCUAGUGACGGGCUCAGGCAGUAUUGGGCUUCUAUUACAAUCAAGCCUGAUAUCCCCCUAAUGGAGGAAUUCUACCAGAAAUGGCAAGAAACUCUAAAUAAGGUCAAGGAUUCAGAGGGGUUCAUCUUCUCCUUUGGAUUUCAUCCUAUUACUAAGGCUCUUCUAGAGCAUUCACAGAAGGCUGGAGGAAACAUGAUGAACAUCCCCCCAUCUGAUGGGCCUCUGUUUGUCGUCCUUAUAAAUCCUGUCUGGAAGCUAGCUAAGGACGAUGCCCAUAUCUUCGCAGAAGUCGAUAGUCUUGUAACAGGGCUGAGGAACCUUGCUCGUGAGAAGGGCCUACUGCAUCGUUAUAUAUUCACGAAUUACGGCUUUUCAAAGGAUGAUGUGAUGGCAGGGUAUGGGGAAGAAAGUGUUUCCAGACUCAGGGCUGCAAGUCAGAAGUAUGAUCCUGAAGGCAUUUUCCAAACCGCUGUUCCAGGUGGUUUUAAGCUCAGGGCUUGA